AUGCGAGGUAAACCUAGUUAUUUUGGAAUAACGAAACCGUUAAUUUUUUAUUUACAGCGUGAGGUAAUUUCGAUCAAUAUCGGUCAGGCCGGAUGCCAAAUCGGAAAUGCCUGCUGGCAGCUGUUCACCUUGGAGCAUGGGAUCCAACCGGACGGUACGAUGAGCGAGAAGAUUCCGAACGAUGAAAAUAUGACCGCAUUUUUCCAGAAUACCAACUCAGACAAAGUCGUUCCGCGUAAUAUUUUCAUCGAUCUGGAGGAAUCGGUGAUCGCCGAUGUGAAAAACGGGCCGUACAGAUACCUGUACCAUCCGCAGUUUAUGAUUACGGGAAAAGAGGAUGCUGCUAAUAACUAUGCCAGAGGUCAUUAUACCGUGGGCAAACAGAUCAUCGAACAGGUGUCCAGGUCUAUUCAGAAACUCGCAGAACAAUGUGAUGGAUUGCAAGGAUUUUUAGUAUUUCAUUCAUUUGGUGGUGGAACAGGAUCAGGGUUUACUUCGUUGUUGAUGCAGCAGCUAGCCGCUGAGUAUGGGAAGAAGUGUAAACUGGAGUUUGCUGUCUAUCCAUCGCCGACCAUUUCUACAGCUGUCGUAGAACCGUACAAUUGUGUCCUGUCCACUAGUACCACAAUGCAGAACUCUGACUGUUGUUUCAUUAUGGAUAACCAAGCGACGUACGACAUUUGUUCCAAAAACCUGCAGAUUGGGCGACCGGAUUAUGGUCAUUUGAACUCUUUGGUGGCGCAAGUGGUAUCUUCAGCAACGGCUUCGCUUCGAUUUAAGGGAACAAUGAACGUUGAUCUUAAUGAGUUCCAAACUAACUUGGUACCAUACCCUAGAGUUCAUUUCCCGCUCGUAUCGUAUGCGCCGUUACUAUCGGCAAAUAAGGCCCAGCACGAAUUUUCUUCGGUCGCCGAAAUUACAAGCGCCUGUUUUGAGCCACCGAACAUGAUGGUUAAGUGUGAUCCCCGUCAUGGCAAAUACAUGGCUUGCUGUAUGCUUUAUCGAGGAGACGUCGUACCGAAGGACAUAAACUCUGCGAUCGCUGCCGUCAAAAGCAAACGUCACAUUACGUUCGUUGAUUGGUGCCCGACAGGUUUCAAGAUCGGAAUCAACCAACAGGCACCUUCCGUUCUGCCAGGUGGAGAACUGGCCAAACCGAAACGGGCCGUGUGUAUGCUGUCAAACACCACGGCCAUUUCGGAAGCGUGGGCUCGCGUGAAUUACCAGUUUGAUUUGAUGUACGUGAAGCGGGCUUUUGUUCAUUGGUACGUGGGCGAGGGUAUGGAAGAAGGUGAAUUUAGUGAGGCUCGAGAGGAUCUAGCGGCGCUGGAGCGGGACUACGAGGAAGUGGCGGGAGAUACCCAAGAUCCGUACGGGGAAGUUUCGGAUAAUGAAUAUUAA